ACAGCUGGUUGCGGGGCUGGUUCGGGGCUCCCCGGGCUUCGGGGGGCACAGGUCCGGGAAUGUCUGGGGCGGGGAGCGGGGGAGCCUGUGUGGGCGGCCUCACAGCCUCUCCGCCGGGCCUGCCGAGCCCCCGGCCCGGGCCGGCCUCCGCUUGCUGGGAAGGGGCGCCGCGACGCGUUCCCCGGCCUGUGGACCGGAGUGCGGUUCUCUGUCCCACCCCAGCCAAAGUGAGAGAGGGCGACAAGGCUUUCGAUCGGGAAACAGCCUCCUGUUUCCUGUUGCUGUAUCCUGGAAAAGAGCUGCGGCUGAUAAAGUGUCAGCGGGCUAGACAUCCUGUACCGGAAUCCGCGGCGCUGGCUUCUGUGCCGGGGAGGGGAUGCUUCCCGUUUGGGGGUCGGAGGGUGGCUCUCCCGCCGGAGAGCCUGCAGAGUUCGGGUUGUGAGCUGAGCAGGAAAAGGUGGACCUUUCCAGAGUCACCCUCUUGCAGUCUUGAACCUUAAGAAAAGAUGUGGAGUGGGCUGCUACCUCCUGGCCUAAAUGAAAGUGAUAUUGAGUUGAGUUCUGAAGAUGAAGCCACGUUAGAGAAUUCUGGACUUAACUUACAGGAAGAUAAAGAAGAUGGGACCAUAACAAAAACAGAGAGCUCAGAUUUCCCUACAGAUGGAAUGGAAGCCAAAGGAGAAGCAAAUGUGAAUGCAUAUGAAGAGUGUCCCUCUGGAAUUCCUUUCAGCACGUGGAAUAGAUUUCAAGAAUUGCAUAAAAAACAUUCUGAACAGAAAACCUCAACUUUAAGAUUCAGAAAGAAAAAAAGAAAACGAUCCAGAAAAGGUAAAUUGAAGAAUGAAGAAGAAUCUCGGAGUGAGCAGUCCUCGAGGGAAACCCAGUGGAAGGAGCUUACUCAGUAUUUUGGAGUCAAUGAUAGGUUCGAUCCCCCUGUUAAAAAGAAAAAAAUUGACAAGUCAGGCCUUGAAAAGAGCGUAGACCAGGCUGUGGAAGAGUGGGACAUUGAGAAGGCGGAGGAGCUCAGCAACCAGCUAGCUACUCGAGAGCUUGGUGUAAAAAUUGCCAAAGCAGUUGCCUGCCACAACUUUGUAAAAGCCAAAAAGGAUGCUGAAAAUUCACAGGUUGCUCGAAAAAAGAAGAAACUUGCAUGGGGGUUUGAAGCAAAGAAGAGAUGGGAAACCAAAAGCAACAUGGGAUAUAUGUAACUUGCCAGAGUUCUUCAAGACAUUUGAGUCUUUGAGUUUUCCCUUGAGUCUUCAAUUGCUCAAUUUACUGAAAAGAUUUUCCUGUUUAUGUUCACUGUGUCAGGAAAUUGAUAGAAGUAGAAAAAAUAAGCAUAAAAUUUGCGAGUUGAUUAUCACAUCUUUUCAGUCUCUUUCUUAAGAGCUCAUCCUAUUGAAGUAAAUGAAGUGGAGCAUUCUGUUAUUAGUGCGAGAAAUGUAAGCAUACAUACAGGGAAAAAAGGAUGGGAUUUUAUUUAUUUAUAUAGACCUUCAGUAGAAGAUCAAUUUUACUUUUAUCCAUUUGGUGUAGCAUAGCCAGUGAGCUCCUUGUACUUAUCUGUGCUCAGUGUAACUGCACUUAUUCUGGAAUUGUGUUUUUUUUUUUUUAAAGAUUGGCACCCGAGCUAACAUCUGUUGCCAAUCUUUUCUUGUCUUUUUUUUCCUCCUUCUCCCCAAAGCCCCCCAGUACAUAGUUAUAUAUUCUAGUUGUGAGUGCCUCUGGUUGUUGGAAUUGUGCUUUUAAGAUUGGCAUUUGUUUAUAAUGGAUUAAUCAUAAGUGCAAGAAAGUCUCAAUUGACAUUGUCCUUACAAAUGACUUUAUCUUAACGUUAUGGAAGUAAUUAUUGGUUCUUUAUUGGAGGCAGUAGAGUUAAUGUUUCACAGUCAUAUAAUAAAAACAAUUGAUUAAUUUUUGUGUACCUGCAGAUAAAAUAUUACAAUAAAAAAGGACAGAAUGUA